AUUAGUUAUUAAAAAUGGAUGAGGUUCUGUUAGAGAGUUUAACUUCUAAAUUUAGUGAAUUAUUUAAGAACAUUUCUAGUCUAUAAGAAAAGAGAGAGACUGUUUAAGAUGAGAAUGAACAUUUAAAACAAUUAAUUUAAGAAGAGUAGGAUUAAUUAGAAAUGCAUUCAGGAGAAUCUUCUGAAGAUGAAGCAGCUUUCUCAGAAAUUGAAGAAAAGUGUAGAUAAAAAUUGGAAGAAAAAAAAGAAUCGGAUAUGUAAAUGAAAGAAGAAAAUAAUUUGAAAAGUCAAUUAGUAUAUAUAUUUUAUUUAAAUUUAGUAUAUGCAUCUUGAAGGUAUUUAAAAUGAAAUUAUAUAAAUGAGAAGUAGUAUAGAAUAAUCAAAAGAAUCAGAAGCUGAUUUAUAAUAAAGAAUUGAAGAAACUACAUUAAAAAUUGAUGAUUAUCAAAAUAAAAUAUAAAGAGCUGAACAAAUUAAAAUUCAAGUAGAAAAAUAAUAAUAGGAAGUAUAAUGGCUUUUCUUAUAUUAAGCAAAAUGAAAAGUAUUUAUAAGAUAGUGAAAAAGUUAAAGCUGUUUAAUCUGAAGUUAGAAAUUAACUCUAAGCUAAUGCUAUGGGAGAUAAAAGAUAAAAUGAACUUGAAAAAAUCAUUUAAAAACAUUGGGAAGAAUUAUAAAAAAGAGUAAAAUAUUAUCUAUAUAUAGGCUCAAAGAAUACAAGUGUUAUAAAAUAAUAUGAAUAUCAUUUCAGUCAAAAUAUAAAAAUCUUAAAAGAGUGAACAUAUUUAUUAAAAAUUGAAAGAUGAAAAUACUAUCUUAGCUUAAGAGAACAUUUAAAUUAGAGAAAAAUUAAAUUAACUAAUUAGUGCAUUACCUUAACAUAUGAAAAAGGGAAGUGUUAAAGGAAAAUAAAAAAGCAAAAAAGAAUUUUUAGAACUUUAUGAUGAAUCAAUCUGUUCUAAUCAAAUUAAAUUAAGACAUUUAGAAUAAAUUAGAGAAGAACAUUAAUAAAAUAUUAAUAGUUUACAUGUAAUCCUCAUUCAUCUAUUCUUAGAGUGAAAUACUUUAGUUGGAAGAAAAAUACAAUUAAAUGACUUAAAAUGUUAAGAAUCUUCAAGAGUAAUAUCUAGAAAUUGAAUCAUCUUGCAGAGAAUUUAAUGAAGAAGAGUAUGUAAAGAAGAAUUGCCCAAAUUAUUAUAAAGUUAAAAAGGGAAAAUGA